AUGGACUGCCAGCUGUCUGACUGGACUGAAUGGGCUAGCUGCAGCAAGACCUGCGCUGGCGGAAGCCAGCACCGCUUGCGGGAUGAAGUGUACGUGCAACGAAUGGCCAGCCUCAUCGAGCUGCAAGCAGGCUCCGCCUCCUCCACAGGAGCCUGGGGCUACCAAAAGAAGAUGGGCGUUAGGUGUGCUUUCCCAGAUGCAGAGGGCGAGUGUGAGCAGGGCUGUGACAACUGGGUGACACUCUGCGAUGCAGACUUUACUCUUGAAAGUGAGGAAGGUUCAUGCUCCUACCUGAAGAAGGAGAUCGGUCAAGGCGUGCCAUGCCAAGGGAACAUCAGCGAGACUGCGACUUGCAACGAGCAAAUGUGUCCGGUGGAUUGUGUAAUGACAGAGUGGACGGACUGGUCACCGUGUGAUCCCUUCUGCAACGGGACGCAAAAGCGCGAGAGGAACAUCACCACGCAUGCAGCCUAUGGCGGUGUUCCCUGUGGUCCAAGUCUGGAGGACCAGAGGUGCAGCAACUUCUGUGUCGACUGUGCCUGGUCGGACUGGGGCGCCUGGCCGCCGUGCACGGUCUCAUGCGGAGGUGGCACAGCGCUACGAAGCCGUGCCAUCGAGACGCCGAAACAAGGAGGUGGCCAAGAGUGCACUGGAAGCGACCAGGAAACAAAGACCUGCAACGAGCAGGAGUGCCCUGUGGACUGCGAGCUCGGAAGUUGGACUGCUUGGAACGGCUGCGAACCUUACUGCGAAGGUUCGCAGACGCGCCAGCGGAAUGUCACACGAAAGGCCGCCUUCGGAGGCAAAUCCUGCAAUACCUUGGCGACUGAAGAGCCCGACUUCGCGGGCGGUGUGACGAAGCAAAUCCGACAGUGCUCAAAUCCAUGCGGCCCACAGGAUUGCCUCUGGUCUAAUUGGACUGACUGGGGUGAGUGCUCUGCUUCCUGCGGCGGUGGGAUCCAGUCCCGCGACCGUCACAUUGCGCGCCCAAAGAGGGGCGAGGCUGAAGAUUGCACAGGACCCUUUAACGAGACACAGGCUUGCAACGAGAAGAGCUGUCCCAUCGAUUGCGUCCUGGCCGACUGGAGCGGAUGGUCGGACUGCGACCCCUAUUGGCGGAUUGCUGGUAAGUUUAUGGGCAGUUGCCCGGGCUUGGUGAAUUUGAUUGUCCGACAGUCGCCGCAGAACAGCUAUGAUUGCCGUUGCACCAAUUUUUGCAUGGACUGCCAGCUGUCCGACUGGAAUGACUGGGCUAGCUGCAGCAAGACCUGUGCUGGUGGCAUCGUUACUGCAACAGUCCAAUCCAUGUUGGAGCGUUGGCUACCAGGUUCCAGGGCGCACAGCAUUUCCGGGCUGGAGACGCAGCUCGCUUCUGGCAGUUCGAGCCUCAUCGAGCUGCAAGCAGGCUCCGCCUCCUCCACAGGAGCCUGGGGCUACCAAAAGAAGAUGGGCGUUAGGUGCGACCCAAAGCACCAGCGAGCGGGUGCCGCGACACCUCAGGAAGUGGGUGAGGGGAUGAGUGUGUGUUGUUUCCUGGCUGCUGUGCUGUCGCGAUUGCAGGAGGCAGAAGCUUUGUGCAGCGCUGAUCCCACCUGCGGAGGCAUGUACGACCAGGGCUGUGACAACUGGGUGACGCUCUGCGAUGCAGACUUCACUCUGGAGAGCGAGGAAGCCUCGUGCUCCUACCUCAAGAAGGAGAUCGGUCAGGGCAUACCAUGCAAAGGGAACAUCAGUGAGACGGCCACUUGCAACGCACACACGUGUCCAGUGGACUGUGUGAUGACGGACUGGGCCGAAUGGUCGGCGUGUGAUCCAUUUUGCAACGGGGUGCAAACGAGAGAGAGGACAGCCUCGGAACUGUUUGUGCAGUCGUUGUGUGACGUUCUUCCUCCGAUUGCGAGGUGGCACAGCCCGCUCCUCAGAGUGCUUCGAAGGCUGACCGACUUGCAGGCGCAACGAACCCGUGCCAUCGAGACGCCGAAACAAGGAGGUGGACAGUGCACUGGAACUGGCAUGGAGGAAAAGACCUGCAACGAUGAGGACGGAGACAAAGUGACACAGCUGGACCCAAAGCGAGGGCAGUACAAGUCACAGACCGAGUGUUCGAGCCAGCUUUGCCCGGGAGGCACUCAGAUGCGGUACCGAAAUGUUACCCAGGAAGCUUCCUUUGGAGGCAGGUCCUGCAACGCCGUAGCGGCGGAAGAGCCCGACUUCGAGGGCGGAGUCACCAAGCAGAUCCGACAGUGCUCCAACGAGUGUGGCUUUGCCAGCAACAUUGAACACAUCAUCAGAUGGUCUCGCGCACGGAGCCUUCAGACAUCAUUUCCGUCAGAUCAACACAGACCUGCAGCAGAUGGUAAGAGUUUUUCAAGGAGCUGA